AUGAGGAAGACCAUGAUGAAGACCCUGAUCCACACAACCCUGAACACAUGCGGGCAGUGGUGGAUGAAUAUAAGAAUAAAACACGAGGAACCAGAAACCUGGAGAAUAAAUCAGGAUCAAGGAGAGUUUAUUGAAGAAAUUGAGGAGAACCAAGAAUUGAGUGAAGAUGAGGAGAAUCAUCAUGUCAGAACUGGAGACAAACCUUUGAGUUGCUCUCAAACCAAACGGAAAGAUUUAAAGAAAAAAGCCAAGAAAUCUUUUACCUGCACUCAGUGUGGAAACAGUUUUUCAAGAAAAACUUGUUUUGUGCUUCACAUGAGAAUUCAUACUGGAGAGAAACCAUACACAUGUGAUCAGUGCGGGAACAGUUUCGCACAAUCAGGAACCCUUAAGAAACACAUGAACACCCACACUGGAGAGAAACCGCACAAGUGUUCACACUGUGACAAGAGAUUCACUCAGUCUGGAUACCUGAAAGCACAUGAGAGGAUCCACACUGGAGAGAAACCGUACACAUGUGAUCAGUGCGGGAAGAGUUUUGCACGGAAAGCAAUCCUUUUGAAACAUUUGAAAUUUCAUUCAGGAGAUAAACUGUACAUAUGUAUUCAAUGUGGGAAGAGUUUCAUAUACAAAAGAAGUCUUUAUGUUCACAUGAGAGUUCACACUGGUGAGAAACUGUACACUUGUGAGCAGUGCGGGAAGUGUUUCACACAAUCAUCACAACUUAAGAGACACAUGAAGAUCCACACUGAAGAGAAACUGUACUCGUGUGAUCAAUGUGGCAAAACAUUUUUGAGGGCUUCAGAUCUGAAGAAACACCUGACGGUUCAUUCAAAGGAGAAGCCACAUUCGUGUCAUCUGUGUGGAAAGAGCUUUUCACGUUUUUCAUCUUUGAAACAACAUAAAAAAACGCACACUGGUGUGAGAGAGUACAUGUGCUUGUGUAAAAAGACUUUUACUACAGCGACCAGUUUAAAACAGCAUGAGAGGAUCCACACUGGAGAGAAACCUUACAAGUGUUCACACUGUGACAAGAGAUUCAGAGUGUCAUCAAGUCUGAAAACACACGAGAGGAUUCACACUGGAGAGAAACCGUAUCACUGCACUGAAUGUGGGAAGUGUUUCAGUCGUUCAUCUUCUCUACACAGACAUACAAAAAACAAUCAUAAUAUAAUGAUGAAGGAAAGAGAGUCAGUUCAUACUGGAGAGAAACCAUACACAUGUGAUCAGUGUGGGAAGAGCUUCACACAAUCAGCACACCUUAAGAGACACAUGAACAUCCACACCGAAGAGAAGCCGUUCACAUGUGAUCAGUGCGGAAAAACAUUUUUGUGUGCUUCAUACCUGAAGAAACACUUGAAAGUUCAUAUGAAGGAGAAGCCACAUUCAUGUUCUGAAUGUGGAAAGAGUUAUUCACUUCCGCAAACAACCAGUUUAAAACAGCAUGAGAGGAUUCACACUGGAGAGACACCAUACAAGUGUUCACACUGUGACAAGAGAUUCAGAGCGUUAGUAAGUAUGAAAUCACAUGAGUGGAUCCACACUGGAGAGAAGCAACACACAUGUGAUCAUUGUGGGAAGAGUUUUGUUUAUAAAAGUCACCUAAAGAGACACAUGAAGAUCCAUGCAGUGGAAAAAACACUUAGUGAAGAAACCAGUUAG